AUGCAAAUUAGAGGGCAGCAAAUAGAGGAUAAAGAGAGGAGGCUAAAAGAUGAUAACCAUCUCUAGAGAAUAGAAAAGCAAGCUAAAGAGGAGAACGCUCCAGAAAACUAAGUCUCUUAGCCAAAAAGAGGAAGACAAAAGAAGAAUUAAGUAUUAGAAAGGCCAAAUGAAAUUCUUAAGAAUACUAUUUUCCAGGGCUUGAGAUAAGGAAACACUAACUUGAGGAAUUUCAAAGAUGAUAUUCUAAAAUAAUUCUGUCAUAUUCUCUAGAUAAAUGAUAAUGGCAAUCAAGCCGAUUUUGUUAUGGUUAUGAAAAAAUUAGGGCAACUAGUUGAUAGACUUUAUGAUAUUCUUUUUCAAUAAAGCUUACCUGCCAACAAAGAGGAUUUAUUUAUCAGAGGAUAUCUAGCUGAUGAUCUUGACAAAAACUAUUUUAUGGUUUACAAGUAUAAGAUGAUUUCGAAAUUUUAUAUCGAAAGAGAUUAAAAAUUUUGGAAAUACUAUCUCAUAUCUUUAAGAAAAGGACAUCUUUAAGAUAACUGGAAAGUAAAUUUUGAACAAUUUCAAGCUGAGCUUAAUAGAAUGGAUAAUUAAUAUUAAUUAGCAAACUUAAAUGAGCAAUAUUAAAAUUCAGCGGACUUGGUUAGAGUAUUCAUAUAAAAGCAAUAUUUUUCUAAAAGUAAAAUAUCAUCUGGCUCAUUUUCAAUAGAAAUUUAAUGGUUUAUCUUAUGGAUUGAGAAAAUUACUCUCAAUAUUGGAAUUCAGAAAAUCCGAGACCAUAAUGAUGAUGAAGAUGAUGAUAUUCCUGAAUCUAAUGUAACUUUAGUCAAUGAGCAAUUCGGGGUAGAUAUGAAUUUUUACCCACGGUAAAGCAGAAAUUAAUGA